AUGUCCAACCCAACAUCUAACAGCCCACACAGCUACUUCACAACCCACCACCCCCUCUUCCCCAUCCUCCCCUCCAAAGCCCACUUCUACACCACCCACACCACCAACCGCCUCCUCCUCUGGACCGUCCUCGCCCUCGCCUCCUUCGACCAAGACUCCAACUCCGCCACCUACUUCUCCCUCGUCGACCCCGUGCGUCGCCUCGCCGCAGACCUCUAUGGCCCGCAAAGUCGGAGUUUCAAGACCAUGCAGGCGCUGCUGCUGCUGUGUGUCUGGCCCUUUCCCUUCCAGCAGACGAUCAAUGAUCCGAGUCCGAUGUUCUGUAGUUUGGCGACGGGGAUUGGGUAUCAAUUGGGACUGCAUCGGCCGAGGUGCAGGGGGGAUUUCGAUGAGAACGCUGUGGAGGGGGUGGAGAGUGAGGGGGAGGAGGAGAGGACGUGGUGGGGGUGUUUUGUUGUUAAUCACUGUCUGGCCCUCCGCCUCGGCGUCCCCUCAACCAUUUCCCCCGCCCACGCCCUCCUCUCCGCCGCAUCAUCCGACCACCCCUCCGCCCCACCAUCUCUGCUCAUAGACCUCAACCUCGCCCUCCUCUCCAAACAAUACACCACCCUCCUCGGCGACGACCCCUCCACUCCCUCCGGCCAACGCCCAGACCCCGGAUCCCUGAUUCACGCCUUCGAGUCCCAACUCGCGCAGCUCCGCUCUCGCUUCUCCGGGCACUGGACGGCGGUGGCGGAGAUAUCGUAUUACGCGCUGCAGCUGCAGGUGUACUCUUUCUCCCUCUGCCAGUCCGCCGAUCACCUUACCUCCGACGAGAACAACAACAAUAACACAGCAGCAGCGCAGCUAAUCCAGGCAAAGGCACUUUCUGCGGUCGUCAAGCUGGUCUCCGAAGCCUCGAAACCCGACCCAGACAAGAAAUUCUGGCCCGCAGCAACGAAAUACUGCCUCGUCUUCGCCGCCUGCAUAGGCGUCUCCGUCGCUGCUGACUCCUCUGACCUCAUAGUCCAGAUUUCUCUCUUAAGCGCCGUCAAAGACGCCGUAGUGGCGUUGAGGGGGUGGAGUUUAUUUCCUAGAGACCAGAUCGCUAGAGUAGCUGGGCACCUUUCUACUGCUGCGGCGAGGGUUGAGGGUGGUACGGCGGGGGCAGGGAAGGGGAAGGGGAAGGUAAAAGAGGUGGUGAGGGCGAGGAUGACGGCGAAUAUUCCUUAUCGGGUGAUUUGGGGCGCGAAGCACGGCAGGGCUCUCUCGUCGAGACCGAAUGGGGUAGAGGGGCAUGUACCGCAAGUUUCGACGGGGGAGGCGAUGCCGGCGCCGGAGACGGGGGGUUAUACGCCGCAGCAGCCGAUAGGGAUGGAUGCGUUUGAGGAUGUGGACGACGCGAAUUUCACGGAUAUUUUUCUGGACUGGCAGCAAUUGCUUGACCUCGGCUGA